GGAAUAACAUAUCGGUCGAUGCUUCUUGGUUGUAAUUCAGCGACACCGAAGACUGUUGAUGGUCCGUCGAUGAAGGACUUGAGAGGUGCUUCGUUCAAUAUCAUUCCUUGUAGCACCGGAGCUGCUAAGGCUGUCGGUAAAGUAUUUCCUGCACUGAACGGUAACUUUGUGAAGGUUGUGCCUUGGUACGACAACGAAUGGGGUUACAGUGACCGAGUGAUCGAGUUGAUCCGACACAAGGCCUCUGUUGGCUGAUCUGCUU